CAGUCCACAACUGACGAGCAGGAGUUCAAUACAAAACCAGCGGUGAGAGUUAUUUAUUCUGAAUCUCUGUUUUCAUCACCAGCAUCAGCAGCUGAAGGAAGUUUAUUCUCGGUAAUUUGCUGCAGUCGCAUCCUGAUGUCAUUUUAUCCUCAGUGAACCUGUUGAUCCAAAGAAGGAGAAUGGCUCCUAAGGCAAAGAAAAGAUCACAAAGUAAAGGAAAAGGAAAAGGGAAAGGGAAAGGCAAGUCCAGUCGGCCUUCUACACGUGCAAGUUCAGAUUACCCAGAGGAUAUCUUCCCCCUGGUCCUGACGUCUGCCACCCAGGAGCUCUUCAGCUGCCGUAUUGAUGAAGACGUCACAGAGAAGAACCCUUACAAACUGCUCAAGAAAGACGACAUCAUAAGCGACAUGAAGAAAAGAGCUGCAAUUUCUGAUUUCAGCCCAGCAAAACAAAAAGUUCUUGAAUACCCAGAGGAAGAGAUGUUGUUGGUUUUUGAUUCAAACCUCACUUACGGCCAGUGCUUCUACUUGGUUCUGUUACCAGAAAGCAAGGAACGAAUACUGAAGACCCCAGAGGUUGAAGAGCAGCUUGAGGCUGACAAAAGACCAAGAGUUUGGAUUUCUCUUGGUAGCGAUAAGGAAAUAGAAGAACCUAUCAAGGAGACGAGAGAAAAGCUGAGGCUCAAAUUAAGAGUGGACCGGGCAGCUCAAUCGAAGGUCUGCUUUUCAGACCGCGACUAUGCAGAGUCAAAGGAUAGCCACUUGGAGUGUACUUCUUAUGAAGACAGUAAAUUCAAGAUCAAGAAACUGCUGACUGAUUGUGCAGUGCAGGCUAUCCCCAUGCUACACACCAGCAGUUGCCAGACAAUGAGGAUGGUUCCAAAGGACACCUUCACACAGUAUGAACCAAGAGAGUUCAGCACUGAGGAAAAGGAAAUAAUUCUAAAAAAACACGACCUGAUAGAUUUUUGUAACAUACAGAUUCCCAGGAUGUUGUUUGCCCUGCAGCAGGAAGAGAUCAUAAACGUGUUUGUGGAUGACUGGAAGGCUCUGAUGACGGGGCUUGAAACCUGUGACUGGUCAGGCCAGGUGUCUGACACUCUGGUGCUCCAUCAGGUCUUCACAGAUCAGAAGUCCGCCAAAAACAAAACAAUUAGUUGCCUCAACUGGCACCCUACAAUAAACGGUGUAAUCGCUGUGGCCUUGACAAAAAGACCUGGGGAGCUUGCAGAGUCAGCCUCCGGUCCUCCUCUCAUUGUCUUCUACAGCUUCUCCAACCCCUCUAAUGCCCAGUUUCUCCUUGAAUGCCCAGACGACAUUCUUGCAUUCCAGUUCUCUCCCUCUAAUCCAAAUAUUAUUGUUGGGGGCUGUUUCAAUGGCCAGAUUUUGUUGUGGGACAUCUCUGCUCAUGUCGCCUACAUACAGCCAACGCAGCCCGGCAGUAGAAAGGAAUCAAUGGAUCAGGACAAGUUUGACCUCAACGCCAGCAAAGAAAAUAUUCCUGUUGUGCGAUUCUGUGCGGUGUCAGCCUUAGAGAGCAGCCACAAAGCCCCAGUUACUGAUGUGCAGUGGCUGCCGUCAACAUUCGAGGUUACUAUGUUUGGCUUACCAGUGGAGAACAAGCAGAAGGUCUCGGUUCAGAUUAUCACCUGCUCCCCUGACUGCUCUCUUCGUUUUUGGGACGUGAGACUUCCAGCUGUGUUUACGAACACACCUUCAGAAAGUACGUCGACUGUCGACCAGAAGACGCCGAUGACGACCUGUAGCGUUCCUGAAACUUUCAAACACCUUGACAGGAUAUGGAAACCAAUGUUCAAAAUUUCACUGUCGAAGAUUGAUACCAAAGGAGAAUAUGUUCCUAUGAAGUUCAGCUUUGAAAAUUUCAUCGCUCCUACAGAAAAGGAUAAAGAAAUUAAGGGGACAGAGGACCUUCCUGACUACAGCCAACUCAUGUUACCUGCAUCUGAAAAACUGAGGGAGAUGGACAGCAUCAAUACCAAGUUUUUUGUUGGGACAGAGAAUGGAGAGAUCGUUUACUCCGACUGGAAAAUGGAAAGCGACGACUCUGGGCGCCCGCACAGUUCCAAACCCUUCGCGUGUUUCAACAGCCAUCAUUGGCUGGUGAACACACUGGAGCGAUCUCCAUUCUUCAAAGACAUUCUUUUGACAACAGGAGGCUGGAACUUUGCCAUUUGGAAAGAGGGAGUCAUGGACGGCCCACUGGUUUCAUCGCAAUACUUUGAGCAGGAGUGCACAGCGGGAUGCUGGUCGCUGUCCCGACCGGCUGUUUUCUUCAUUGGAAAAACAGAUGGCAGUGUUGAAAUAUGGGACCUCCUAAAAAACAGCAGCGAACCACUACAGCUCCACCCUCAUAUCAGCAAAAGCAAGAUUACCUGCAUGAAAGCCUGCAAUUUCACGGCCAAGCAGCACUUCCUGGCUGUUGCAGAUGAUCUUGGGGUUCUUCGUAUUUUUGAAAUACCAAAGAUCCUCUAUCUUCCUUCCAGGCAUGAGAGUUUAAGCAUGAAGAAAUACUUUGAUCUUGAAGUAGAGAGUUUGAAGGACUAUUUGAAGAGGGAAGAGUUCUGGACUAAACAUAUAAAGGAGGAGGAAGAACUCCAGAUGAAACUGAAAAUGGAACCUGAAAAACCAGAGACGCCCCCAAAGGAAAUUCAGCGUCUGGACUUAACGGAGUAUAGCGACGACCUGAUACUAGAGGAACAACUCUUACAGGACAUGGGCUUGUGGCCCAUUGCUGUAGAGUCAGAGAGGCAGAAUAUCUAACAUCACCCACAUUCAUGAAUAUUUACACAAAUAUUUUUUAUCUACAAAGCAGAUGCUUGUUUGUUUGUCUGAUUUUUGUCCAGUUAUGAUAUUUUGUAUAGAGAUUUUGUCUCUUACCCCUAAAUGUCAAAGUUUGCAUUUUAUUGUUUUUUCUGUAAAUAACCAUAACUUUUUUUUUACAUCUAUAUUUUAUUUAGAUGUAAAACUGUUUCCUCUGGUUAGCUUUAUGUCUCAUAUUUAUUUACAAAUUGUGAUGCCUUUGUUUCAUAUGAGCUUUGAAAAACCUCUGUUUAUCGGUUGGGAAGCUAACUUCAAGGACUAUUUUUAAUUGGAGAUUCUUUUGCAAUGUUAAAGUUUUUUCCAAUUAAACAUUAAAGUGUAGUUUUUCUGUUCUUCAAUAAAUUACGGUACAUGUUUUUAAUAAACUUUCUAAGCCAUUUCUUCA